CCGGGGGGGCGGGGCGGAGCGGGGAGGGGAGGCUCCUCCCUUCCCCUGGCGGUGUGCGCGGGAGCGAAGCUGGGCUCUGGUUGCGUGCGGCGCGGGCAGAUUUGUUCUUGACCUUCCUUAAAAAUGUCCAAGCAACAGCCUGCUCAGUUUACCAAUCCAGAAACCCCUGGCUAUGUUGGAUUUGCAAACCUUCCCAAUCAGGUUCACCGAAAGUCUGUGAAAAAGGGGUUUGAAUUUACUCUCAUGGUGGUUGGUGAAUCUGGAUUGGGAAAAUCUACGUUAAUCAACAGCCUCUUCCUGACAGAUCUCUACCCAGAAAGGAUCAUCCCCGGAGCUGCUGAGAAGAUUGAACGCACUGUGCAGAUCGAGGCCUCGACCGUUGAGAUUGAAGAGAGGGGUGUGAAGCUGCGCCUGACGGUCGUGGACACGCCAGGCUACGGUGACGCUAUCAAUUGUCGAGACUGUUUCAAGACCAUCAUCUCUUACAUCGAUGAGCAGUUUGAGCGCUACCUGCACGAUGAGAGUGGCCUGAACAGAAGGCACAUCAUAGAUAACCGAGUGCAUUGCUGCUUCUAUUUCAUUUCACCCUUUGGGCAUGGCCUUAAGCCUCUGGAUGUUGAGUUUAUGAAGGCCAUACACAACAAAGUAAACAUUGUGCCAGUGAUUGCAAAAGCUGAUACGCUUUGUCUGAAGGAGCGAGAAAGGCUGAAGAAAAGGAUUCUGGAUGAAAUAGAAGAGCAUGGCAUCAAGAUUUAUCACCUGCCCGAUGCGGAAUCAGAUGAGGACGAAGAUUUUAAAGAGCAGACCAGACUCCUGAAGGCCAGCAUUCCAUUCUGUGUAGUGGGAUCCAAUCAACUCAUUGAAGCCAAAGGUAAAAAAGUUAGAGGUCGACUCUACCCAUGGGGUGUUGUUGAAGUGGAGAAUCCAGAACAUAAUGACUUUCUGAAGCUGAGGACCAUGCUCAUCACACACAUGCAAGAUCUUCAGGAGGUGACCCAGGAUCUUCACUAUGAGAACUUCCGCUCCGAGAGGCUCAAACGAGGUGGCAGGAAAAUAGAGGAAGAAGAAGUGAAUAAAGACCAGAUUCUGCUUGAAAAAGAAGCUGAACUUCGUCGCAUGCAGGAGAUGAUUGCUAGAAUGCAGGCACAGAUGCAGAUGCAGAUGCAAAGUGGAGAAGGAGAAAACAGUGCAGUUCAUGGGCACCCUGUCUAAUUUGCUGACAGAAGACCCUUCUGGAGUUGACUUGUGGUGGUGUUACACCCGAAAGGAUGCCUUUUGCUCCGCGUGUGACUUGGAGGCUUUUUUUAGAGUUUAAGAUGGAAAUGCAUUGCAGUCACACCUUGUGAUAAGUAUUUCAUAACAUGUAAUCUCUUGGUAUUUUAUAUAUUCUACAUAUCUGACUUUGGUUUUGUUUAGUAGUUCCUAUACUGAGGUCAUUUUUAAUUUUUCAUUGUAUUAUGGCACAGAGUAGGAAUUGAAACUUUUUCUGGCUCGAUACGGCAUUAGAUUUGGGGUUUCAUUUCUUUUUAAGUGUGGCUUUGUUAGCUCCUUGAUUUUAACUUUGUAUGGCAUUUAGCAAUAAAUAACUCUCAGUGGUACCUUGUCCAAUGGCAUGCAGUAGUCACCUCAGUAAGAAUCCCUGCAAGGUUCCUUUCAUGGGUUUUUUUUGCAGUGUUUACAGGUGUGUGUGUGUGUCUGUGAGACCAGCAGCCCUUUUUCCUUUCUCUGACUAGUGUGGAUGAUUUCCUUUGCCCCUACAAGCAUCCUGUAAAACUUCAACCAUGCCUUGUGACUUCAGGCAAGAAAUAAGAGGACACACACUGUAUUUUGUAUGACAGGCUUUAUUUCCUUCAGAUUUAACCUCGAGGGACAUGUAUUCUUUAUUGUUUGCCUAAAAUCUCUCCCUCUGUUGUAGGUAAUUUUUAGAGUUUCUCGUAGGUCAGCAAAAAAUCAGUCACAGAAUCAUAGAAUGGCCUAGGCUGGAAGGGACCUCAGAGAUCAUCUGCUCUAACCUCCCUGCCAUGGGCAGGGACACCUCUCAACUAGACUUGGUUGCCCAAGAUCUCAGCCAGUCUGGCCUUGAACACCCCCAACCUCCUUGGGCAGCUUGUUCCACAGUCUCACCACCCUUGUAUGGAAGAACUUCUUCCUAAGAUCCAUUCUAAACCUACUCUCCCUCAGCUUCAAACCAUUCCCCCUUGUCAUGUCCCUAGGCACCCUUAUGAAAAGUCCCUCUCCAGCCUUUCUGUAGGAUCCCUUCAGGUAUUGGAAGGCAGCUCUAAGGUCCUCCCAGAAUCUUCUCCAGGCUGAACAACCCCAGCUCCCUCAGCCUAUCCUCAUAACAGAGAUGCUCCAGCCCUUGGAUCAUCUUUGUGGUCCUCCUCUGGGCUCGCUCCAACAGCUCUAUGUCCAUCUUAUGAUGGGGCACACCAGAACCAGUCCUGCUAUUUUCUGGCAUUGCUGUAGCCAAAUAAACUCCAGCAAUUCUGAUAUUGUUAAAUGAGAUAAAUGCCCCACAGCAGUUUUCUGUGCAUGAGUGUUUCCUAUAUCCUGAUUCCUAAUGAUUAUUUUCAUACUGGUUUUAGUGCAUUGCAAGCUGUUAUUUGCAGUAUAAAAUCUAUACUGUUAUCUGUGUCCAACACAAUCAAUGCAAACCUGUGUUUUCAGGUCUUGCUCCAAGAAGGAUUUAGCAGUAUUACUUCAGAAGAGACUCUGGGAUACACUUUUGGGUUUGGUUUUAGGCCAAGGUCACUUUCCUUAACACUGAUAAGCUGUUUCUUAGUUUGGCUGGACUUAUGCUACAUAUCACAGUUUCAUACAGAUUCACAGAUUGCAUCAGGUUGGAAGCACCCUCAAAGGUCAUCUUGUCCAAUACCCUGCAGCCGGCAGAGACACCUCCAACUAGAUCAGGCUGCCCAGGGCAACAUCUUGAAUGUGUCCAGGGAUGGGGCCUCCACCACAUCCCUGGCAGCCUGCUCCAGUAUUUCACUGUGUGUGAUAGCAGCUGCACAAGUAGGAGCUGACAGGGUAAGCAGCAAUGCACCAUGCUUGCUUUAACUACCACUUCUGAUUAAAGCCAGCAAUCAGAUCUCCUAAUCUGAUCUGUUGCAAAAUGAUACCAUCUCAGCAGCUACUAAACGGAGUGGCAACUUCUUUCUCCUCUCUGAGCUCAGGUGCAGCUGUGACUUUUGUAUUACUUUUUUAAUGUUUCUUCAGGAAACUUACAGGAUUUCUUCAGCUAAUGUGACAUUCCAGUGGUACUUAAGCGGCCAGAUUAAACAUAAACCUGCUAAGCAGCUGACAUUUUUACCUGCCUGAAACUACUGUUUGAGUUGGUUUAUAUUUGAAUCUUUCUAAAAAUGUGAAUCAUAGGAUGGUUUGGGUUGGAAGGGACCUCCAAAGGUCAUCUAGUCUAACCCCUCUGCAGUCAGCAGAGACAUCGUCUGCUAAAUCACGUUGCUCAGAGCCUUGUCAAGCCUGACCUCGAAUAUCUCCAGGGAUCCCCAUCUCAACUACCUCUGUGGGCAACCUGUUGCAGUGUUCCACCCCUCUCAUGGUAAAUAACUUGUCCCUAUCAUCCAAUCUAAAUAUCUUCUCUAAUUUCAAAGCAUUGCCCCUCAUCCUAUCCCUACAGCCCUUUGGAAACAGUCUCUCUGCAGCCUCCUUGUAGCCCCCUUCAGGUACUGGAAGGCUGCUAUUAGAUCUUCCCAGAGCCUUUUCUUCUCCAGGCUGAACAACCCCAGCUCCUUCAGCCUGUCCUCAUAGGACAGGUGCUCCAGCCUGCUGAUCAUCUCCAUGGCCCUUCUUUGGACCUGCUCCAUCAGGUCCAUGUCCUUCCUGUGUUGAGGGCUCCAGAGCUGUACACAGUACUCCAGGUGAGGUCUCACCAGAGCAGAGCAGAAGGGCAGAAUUGCCUCUCUCCAUCUGUUGACUGUGCUCCUUUUGAUGCAGCCCAGGAUGCCAUUUGCCUUCUGGGUUAAAAGCACACACUGCUGCCUCAUGUCCAGCUUCUCAUUCACCAACACCCCCAAGACCUUUUCUGUCAAAUCCUGCCUUGUAGCCUUUGCUCCAUUUUCUUCUCAAAUGCAAUAAUUGUCAAAGUUUUGCACAACUCAUUUAGCAUUCCCUGAAAGUGAGUCAAUGAAAACCUUUUUGUUAUGUUGAGAUGCACAGAAGUGUUAAGUCCAAUAGUUACACCUAAUCCUUAGAUGGAAAAGCAGAUACUUCUAACUUACUGUCUUUUCCAACAAACCCUGUGGUAGUAUUGUCAAAAAACACUCCACCAGACCUUAGUUACUUGUAAAUCUUUGGAUGUAUCUUUGUGAAUUGGUAUAACUUACCCCAAAAAGCUUCCUGCAAUGCUUUGCAGAGUCCUUUGCUGUUCUUCAGUUAUCACAAAUCCCUUGUACUGUUGGGUUUUUAUUCCUGACAGUGCAGCAUUUGUCCACUUUUAAGCUCUGUGUCUGGUAUCUCUCUGUUAAAUGUUUUGAACACAGCAGGCUUCAGCUCUUCUUUGCUUUGCCAAGAAGAGCAACUUUUGAUCUUUGGUAGGGUAUGAUAAGCUGCAGCAGUGCUGUGAACCCAUACUUGAAGAAAAACUGUGAAAUCUUAAGAUGUAUGCAUAGAAGAACUGCUUGUACUUGUGUCUAGGUUUAAUAGUUGCCUGUGUUUCCUAACAUGGGAACAAAAGCACAUGGGCCAUGCAUUUAGUGCUGUUUGGUCACUACCUGUGGAAUUCUUUGAAGCAGUAUCUUAUUUUUUUAAAUCAGAUCAUGCAUCUUAAAAUAUUUGAUCAGGAUAAAUCAAUUAUUAGGCAAAUAAUGUUUUAAUCUUCAAACUCUAGCAGGGGAAAUAUUUUUGUAUGGGGGGGGGGUUGUUGUUGUUUUGGGUUGGGUUUUAAAAGGAAAAAAGAAGGUUGGGGCACUUGGCCAUUUUAACAGAAAUACUUAAAGACAGAAUUGCUGCUUCUUCCCAAGUCUUCAGGGCAAUCAUUUGUAGUGUUCCUGAUGUCUCUGAAGGUCUAUUUCUCCUUCACUUUUCCUUAGAGAGUCACAGAAUGGCUCAGGUUGGAAGGGACCUCAGAGAUAUCCAUUCCAACUUCCCUGCCGUGGCCAGGGACUUCUCUCAAAUAGACUUGAUUGUCCAAGGCCUCAUCCAAUCUUGUGAUGGUCUUAUGUUGGUUUCAUGGUCAGACAUGAAUAGUGAGGCUACCUUUGUCAGAUUGCAUUUCAGACAGACUCAACUACUGGUGGAAGAAAGACUUGGGUAGAGGAAAGGCUUGGAGGCAAAAGGUAGAUGUUGUUUGGUAGCUUGCUGAACUGGCUACAGUUCUUUUUCUGUUAGAGUGCUGGAACAGUUUUUAUUUUAGGAGUCAAAUAUUUCUGAAUUUUCAGAGCUUUAUAGUGGGUAGCAAAAAUUCCCUGCUCUUGGUACAAAAGUCUGUCUGUUCUGGUUUAUGUACUGCCAUUAGUCAAAAUUAUAAUAAAAGAAAAUG